CAUCCCCAUCCAAACGCAAGGCACAACAAUCAGAGAUGCCUGUCAAAAAUACAUCAUCAGGAUCAUAAAAAAAUCAGCAUAUGUGUCAACAAAUUUAGCCUUCUAAACUACUAAAUUCAAUUUUUAAUUAUAAAAAUGGUUUGAUUGACUACGAGACGUUGACAGUUCCCUCGGAAAAAUGCAAAAUUAUCGCGCAGUUACCUGGACAAUAGUUUAACCAUAAGUUUAGCAAAUUUCCAACCAACAUGGACAAACAGGAUUUGGAUAAUUACACACGUGUUCCACUUGUGUCACUGCCAGAUUCAGUACCAGCAUGGCACGAGGAUAUUCCAAGUGUCCCUGGAGUAUCCCAGACCGAGUCACCAGGUAAACCUAAUGGAAAGCCUUACGAUGAGACUGUGUUAUCAGCUGAUUGUGGUGAUCUAGAGAAACUCAGUCAUUUGGAGAAGUUGAAGAUAAGGGUUAUCAGUGGGAAGAUCAAGCAGAACCUGUCUUAUGGAGAGCUGAAGCUGCUGGGGUGUAGCAGUCUAGGAUUCGUAACUGAUGAUGUACGAAGGGUUCUCUGGCCGAAGCUCCUGAGGAUAGACGAGGGAAGGGCAGUAGACACCUCUGAAUUACCUCAAGUUCACGAAAAAAUUUCUGAUGGUGUUCACCAGCAGAUACUGAAGGACGUGGCCAGAAGUGGUGGACAUCUACCUGCAGACUCUAGUGAGACCGAUUAUGAGACAUUCUAUCGUCAGCUCACGCAGAUAAUUUGUUGGGUUCUUCAUCGGCAUCCAGAGCUCAACUACUAUCAAGGGUACAAUGACGUAGCAGCAACAGUUCUCAUCGUCAUGGGGCUGGAGGAAGGUCUCCAGGUGCUUGAAAAAAUAACUGUCGAGUAUCUGGAGAGGUUCAUGGAGCAGACGAUGGAAAGAGUUAAUCAGGAAUUGUUUUACAUAUUCGCUUUAUUGGAGAGAAUUCAUCCGACGUUACUAGAACAUUUGGAAAAUGUGGAAUUGUUUCCACAUUUCGCCCUGGCCGAGUACACGACGUGGUACGCUCACAAAUACGCUGAGAAUCGUAAAUUACUUCAUCGGUUAUUCGACUUCUUCCUGGGUUCUCCAAUCCUGAUGCCUCUCUACCUCAGUACUGUGAUUGUCGCCCAUCGUGACACUGAGAUAUUCAAUACCACUCCGGACAUGGGACAUACUCACAAAGUUUUGUGCACCUUGCCUGAUGACCUACCCUUCGAGGAGCUCCUCCUAAAAGCUAAAAACCUCUAUCGAGACUAUCCUCCGGAGUCAAUAACCACUGAUGUUCGUGAUUUCGAUCAGAAGAGACGAUGCAAAGAGCGAGAAUGGAAACAAAAAGCUGAGGCCAGCAGAUUAGAGCGUGAGAGACUCAGGCGCCUCAAAGUGGCUGUUCCCCAGCCCAGGAUACCCUAUCGUCUGCGUUCCUACAGGACUAUAACAGUCGUCACGAUUAUCGCAAUUGGUCUGUAUGCAUUUUUAAAAACAGGAUCUGGACUCAACUGACAUUAGUGGAAAAUCUUGCCUUAAUUUUCUACACAAAAUUUUUGUACAUCGAGGCCAUUUGAAAUAUCGAGAGUAUAUUUAUCCAAAGAUUUUUGCAGCGAGACAGAUGCUUCUUGUUCCCAGUAGAACGAAUUAUUAUAAAUUAUUAUGAAUUAUUGUAAAUCGACCAUUCCUGUGUGAUGCCUUUAAGCGCAGAGAAGAAGUCAUUUGAAUAAUUAGACUAUCGAAUUUAAAUUUGAAUUAUUUAGAGCUCCAAUAACCGAGAAAAAAAAUCAAUUCCAUCGUUAAGGGCUUAAUUAAUCCUGUAUUUGGAUGAAUAUUCUUCUCUGUGUUCUCGAGGACUGAGUGAAACCUCAAGCAAUGGAGCUGAAUGAAAAUUGUAGGGUAAAAAUGAUAACGCAUUGAAUGUACGGAAAAGUAAAUCACUGUGAAUUAUUUAUUAUAAUAUAUUGAAGAGAAAAUUAUUAAUGAAAGUGCAAAUUAUAACACGUGUUAAAUAUCUAGGUUCAAACAAUGUACGUAUGAAUUUUAUUUGUAAUUAAAAAUUAACGGGACGGAUGUGUAAAGUAGAGUAGAGAUUGCAAGAUCCGAGUCUGGAAUAAACUACUGUUUUUUGUCUUUUGAA